UUGGAUGCUCGGCCGUGCACAUCAUUACCUUGCUGACCUUAAAUCUCGUCAGAACGGCCAUCAGAACGGCAAGGCGAGGCAUUGAGCAGACAGUCGUUCUGUACGAUUUUGUUUGCCUUGUUCCGCAACGUUUUGCUUUCUCCGGACGUCGCAAAGCGUCUUCGUCGUGUAUACGGACUUGUGUCAGCAGAGUGGGCACUCAGUGGAGGUGGUAGACGCCCAGUGUGCUCCGAGACUCGAUCACAUCCGUAUAUAGCCGUGUCAAUAAUGUCAUGCAACCAGAUCCGAAAACAUCCCCGCCUCGUCCGGGUUCCUGACAUAUUUAAAUAAUCAGGCGUCCCCCUCGCUGUCUGCCAAGUCCAGCCCUCCGCCCUGUCUUAAAUAUAACCCGCACCUCGUCAGUGCUUCAGUCCUUCCACCUUUCUCUCUGUCGCCUCCCGCCUAAUAACUCAACCCUCCUCUCCUCUUCUCGCAUUCGCAAAAAAUGAAGGCGGCAGCGCUCACCGCCGCGGCCCUCUACUCUGGCAGCGCCUUCGCGGCCACCAGCUACAGCCUCGUGAAGGAGUAUGCCGGCUCGAACUUUUUCGACAGCUGGGUGUUCUACGACUUCUAUGACAACACAACCAAUGGCGACAUCAACUACGUGAGCCAGGCAAACGCGACCGCGGAGAAGCUUGCGUACGUCGACAACAAUGGUGCCGCCAUCAUCAAGGUCGACAACACCACGUUCGUGCCCUGGAACCAGAAACGAGACUCGGUCCGCAUUACUACGGAAGACUACUUCGCGCUGGGCUCCGUGCUCAUCAUGGACGCGACGCACAUACCCUAUGGAUGCGGUAUAUGGCCGAGCUUCUGGACAAAGGGCGAGAGCUGGCCCGAGGGCGGCGAGAUCGACAUUGUCGAGGCUAUCAACUCCAUGACCGCCAACCAGUACGCUCUGCACAGCGCCCAGGGUUGCAGUGCCUCCAGCAGCGCGAGUUUCUCUGGUAGCAUCGGCGUGACAGAUUGCAAUGCGACGGCAGGAUGCCAGUUCGGUGAGACCAAGGACAAUAGCUACGGCCCUGGAUUUGCGGCUUCGGGAGGUGGUGUGUACGCUACUCUGUUCGAUGCUUCCGGUAUUGCCAUCUGGUUCUGGAGCCGCAGUAAUGUUCCGUCGUCCAUCUCGAGCACCGCCAACACCGUGGACAUCUCCGACUGGGGCACACCGUCUGCCAACUACAGCUCAUCUGACUGCAACAUCUCCGAGUAUUUCGCGCCGCAGCAGAUCGUCCUCGACAUUACCAUGUGCGGCGACUGGGCCGGCGUGCCCUCCAUCUACAGUUCCAUGUGCCCGAUCACGGGUGCCUCGACGGCGAACGCCACCUCGUGCUACAUGCAGAACGUGUACAACAACGGCAACCAGACUGCGCUCGCCACCGCGUACUUCGAGAUCAACUACAUCAAGGCGUUCAACGCGAACGGCACGAUCCUCUCGAGCUCGGGCGCGACGACCAGCGUGAACCCGACCAGCGCCGCGGCGAGUGGGACGGCGAGCAAGAGCGGGAGCUCGGCCAACGCGGCGAAGGCUUGGGCGUUGGCUGCAAGCGUCGGAGCGCUGUUUGCCUGGUCGCUGAUGUGA